AUGAUACCACUCGUCAUCACAUUGGUUCUGCUUUACUUCUUCUAUCAGUUUUACUGGAAACGGAGGAGUUUCCCACCAGGUCCAACUCCACUGCCAUUGAUUGGGAAUCUUCUUACCAUCUUGCAAAACGAACCCGGUUACGGUGCCUUCGAAAUGUGGCGGAAGCAAUACGGACCAGUUUACACCAUUUGGUUAGGAAGUUUUCCGUUUGUACUCAUCAGCGAUUAUCGGACACUGAAGGAGACAUUUGUCAAGGAUGGUGAUGCUUUUGCUGGAAAAUUUAAUCUAAAAGAAGCUACUGAAAUUUAUAGAGGUGGUGUUUAUGGAAUCGUGGAUACGGUAGACGAAAUGUGGCGUGAUCAUAGGAGAUUUGCACUGCAUAUUCUCCGGGAUUUCGGGCUCGGCAAGGAUGGCAUGGAACAGAGGGUUCUUAUCGAAAUCGAAGCUAUGACGGAAAGUAUAAACGCUCAGCAAGGAGCUGAAAUUAAUCCGCAAGAUGUCUUUGAUGUAGCUGUUGGAUCGGUAAUCAAUCAGCUACUCUUUGGGUAUCGAUUCGAUGAGGAUCAUGUCGACGAAUUCCGCUAUUUGAAAGGUUUGAUUUCUCGUCAAAUGCGCGAAUUCGCCGGACCAGCGGCAAGUAUGUUGUUCAGCUAUCCGUGGAUAAAAUAUCUACCAUACUUUCGAACUAUGUUCAAAAAUCUGAUCCGCUAUCGCGAUGCGUUUUAUUCAUUCUUUGAUAGACAAAUAGAAGCUCAUAGUAAACAUGUGAACUACGACUCAGAGGAGUACAGCGACUACGUGGAAGCAUACCUGAAGGAGAAGAAGCGAAGAGAAGAACUCGGCGAUAAGGAGUCUUUCAGUCACAUCCAGUUGCAAAAUGUUUGUUUGGAUCUAUGGUUCGCUGGAAUGGAGACCACCUCAAACACACUGUCGUGGAGUGUUGUCUACAUUCUAAACCAUUUAGAUGUGCAGGUUAAAAUGCAAGAGGAAUUGGACCGAGAGAUUGGAUCAACUCGUCCGAUAACGAUGUCCGACAAAAAUCGCCUACCCUACAUCAGUGCGGUUAUUAAUGAAGUCCAACGUAUGGCUAAUUUAUUGCCAAUGAACUUACCACAUGAGACAACAAGAGAUGUUCGUGUUGAUAAAUGGGACCUUCCAGCCAAAACGACGGUCGUUCCUCAAAUCAGCAGCGUUCUCUAUGACGAAGAGAUUUUCCCGGACCCGCUCACCUUUAAUCCGUCGAGGUUCAUCGAUAGCUCCGGUAAAUUGAAAAAGGUGGACGAGCUGAUCCCGUUUUCCAUCGGAAAGAGACAAUGUUUGGGUGAAGGUCUAGCAAAGAUGGAGCUGUUCUUAUUUAUUUCAAAUUUAUUCAAUCGAUUUGAGAUUUCACCCAUUGAUCCAAAAAAUCCACCGACAAUGAAGAAAACAUUCGGCACAACGGUUCAACCUUGUGAAUAUCGAUGUUUAGUGAAGCCUAGAGUCUUGUGA